UCCAUGUGCGCCCGUAGCACAGCGGGUACCACUCCGCAGCACUGCAGGUUCUAGAAUGAGCUAUUAGGAAGGACGACCCCAGAAGAGUGUUUGCCCCUGCCUUCACUUGUGCCUGAAUUCCUGAACCGAAGGCUCUGGAUUCAACCUUUCGAGGAAAACAUGACUCUUCACUUUUUGCUUCUGACCUGCCUUUUCCUGCUAAUCUCUGAUUCCUGUGAGUUCUUCGCUGAAGCAAAUUAUUCUAGAAGCUAUCCUUGCGAUGAGACAAAACGAAAUGGCUCCGUUAUUGCAGAAUGUAACAAUCGUCGAUUACACGAGGUACCCCAAACAGUGGACAAAAGUGUGACAGAACUAGACCUAUCUGGUAAUUUCAUCAGACGCAUAACAAAUGAAUCAUUUCAAGGGCUGCAAAAUCUGACUAAGAUCGAUCUAAACCAUAACGUCAAGCUGUGGCCCCAGAAUGAAAAUCCUGCUGUAAAGAACGGUAUGACUAUUACAGACGGGGCAUUUCUCAACCUAAAAAACCUAAGGGAGUUACUGCUUGAAGACAACCAGUUACAAGAAGUACCGGCUGGUUUGCCAAAAUCUUUGAAAGAACUUAGUCUAAUUCAAAAUAGAAUAACUGUGUUAACGAAAAAGAACACUUCUGGACUUAGGAAUCUGGAAAGUCUCUAUUUGGGCUGGAACUGUUACUUUGCUUGUAAUGAAACCUUUGCCGUAGAAGAUGGAACCUUUGAAAACCUUACCAAGUUGAAGGUGCUGUCAUUAUCUUUUAAUCCCCUUUUCCACGUGCCACCCAAACUGCCAAGCUCCCUAACAGAGCUCUAUCUUAGCAACACCAAGAUCAAAAACAUCAGUCAAGAAGACUUCAAGGGACUGAGAAAUUUAAAAGUACUAGAUUUAAGUGGGAACUGCCCGAGAUGUUUUAACGCGCCAUUUCCCUGCAUACCUUGCAAAGGAGGUGCUUCAAUUCAGAUACAUCCUCUUGCUUUUCAAACCCUGACCCAACUUCGCUACCUAAACCUCUCUAGCACUUCGCUCCGGAAGGUUCCUGCGACCUGGUUUGACAACAUGCAUCAUCUAAAGGUGCUGCAUCUCGAAUUCAACUAUUUAAUGGACGAAAUAGCCUCUGGGGAAUUUUUGGCAAAACUGCCCUCCUUAGAAAUACUUGACUUAUCUUACAACUAUGAGCUGAAAAAAUAUCCACAGUACAUUAAUAUUUCUCAAAAUUUUUCAAAGCUUACAUCUCUCCAGAUAUUGCAUUUAAGAGGUUAUGUGUUCCAGGAACUUAGAAACGAAGAUUUCCAGCCCCUGAGGAACCUCUCAAAUUUAAUGGCUAUCAACUUGGGCGUUAAUUUUAUUAAGCAAAUUGAUUUUACCGUUUUCCAGUCGUUCUCCAACCUGAAAAUCAUUUACUUGUCCGAAAACAGAAUAUCACCCUUGGUCAGUGAUACCAAGCAACAAAAUGCAAAUGGCUCCUCUUUCCAAAGGCAUAUCCUUAAGCCACGGUCAGCAGUUACUGAGUUUGACCCACAUUCGAAUUUUUAUCAUAACACCAAUCCUUUGAUAAAGCCACAAUGUUCCAAUUACGGCAAAGCCUUAGAUUUAAGCUUGAACAGUAUUUUCUUUAUUGGGAUAAAGCAAUUUGAAGGUUUUAGGAACAUUUCCUGUUUAAAUCUGUCUUCAAAUGGCAACGGUCAAGCGUUAAAUGGAACUGAGUUUUCACUUUUGCGUGGUAUCAAGUAUUUGGACUUGACAAACAACAGACUAGACUUUGACGAUGACGCUGCUUUCAGCGAAUUGCCAUUGUUAGAAGUUCUAGAUCUGAGCUACAAUGCGCACUACUUCCGAAUAGCAGGGGUAACACACCGUCUAGGAUUUAUUCAAAAUUUAACUCAGCUGAAAGUUUUAAACUUGAGCUACAAUAGUAUUUUUACUUUAACAGAACCAUACCUGAAAAGCAUGUCCCUGGAAGAAUUAGUUUUCAGUGGAAACCGCCUUGACCUUUUGUGGAAUGCUCAAGAUGUCAGGUACUGGCAAAUUUUUAAAUAUCUCAGCAAUCUGACACGGCUUCAUUUAGCCUCUAAUAACCUUCAGCGUAUCCCCGAUGAAGCCUUCCUUAACUUGCCCCGGAGUCUCACCGAACUAUAUAUAAAUGAUAAUAGGUUAAAUUUCUUUAACUGGUCAUUACUACAGCAGUUUCCUCAUCUCUGCUUGCUUGACUUAAGUGGGAACGAGCUGUUCUUUGUAACUGACAGCCUAUCGAAAUUCACAUCUUCUCUUGAGACACUGCUCCUGGGUCAAAACAGGAUUUCCCACCUGCCGUCCGGCUUUCUUUCCGAAGCCAGCAGUCUGACACACCUCGAUUUAAGUGCCAACCAGCUCAAGAUGAUCAACAAAUCCACGUUUGAAACUAAGACCGCCACCAAGUUAGCCAUUUUGGAACUAGGUAGAAACCCUUUUGACUGUACCUGUGACAUCGGAGAUUUUCGAGAAUGGAUGGAUGGGAAUCUGAACGUCACAAUUCCCAGAUUGACAGAUGUCAUUUGCGCCAGUCCUGGGGAUCAACAAGGCAAGAGUAUUGUGAGUCUAGAGCUCACAACUUGUGUUUCAGAUACCAUUGCGGCAAUAUUCUGUUUCUUCACCUUUUUUGUCACCAUCUCAGUUAUGCUGGCUGCCCUGGCUCAUCAUUGGUUUUACUGGGAUGCUUGGUUUCUCUAUCAUGUGUGCUUAGCUAAGGUAAAAGGCUACAGGUCUCUUUCCACAUCCCAGACUUUCUACGAUGCUUACGUUUCUUAUGACACCAAAGAUGCCUCUGUCACGGACUGGGUGAUCAAUGAGCUGCGCUUCCACCUGGAAGAGAGUGAGGACAAAAAUGUGCUCCUCUGUUUAGAGGAAAGGGAUUGGGACCCGGGACUCGCCAUCAUCGACAACCUCAUGCAGAGCAUCAACCAAAGCAGGAAAACAAUAUUUGUUCUAACCAAAAAGUAUGCCAAAAACUGGAACUUUAAAACAGCUUUCUACUUGGCCUUGCAGAGGCUAAUCGAUGAGAAUAUGGAUGUGAUCGUCUUUAUUCUGCUGGAGCCAGUGUUGCAGCAUUCGCAGUAUUUGAGGCUGCGGCAGAGGAUCUGCAAGAGCUCCAUCCUCCAGUGGCCCGACAACCCCAAGGCGGAAGGCUUGUUUUGGCAGAGUCUGAAAAAUGUCGUCUUAACUGCAAAUGAUUCACGGUAUAACAAUUUGUAUGUCGAUUCCAUUAAGCAGUACUAACUGAUGUUAAGUCUGGGUUCACCAACAUACUAAGAAUGCACAGCAGUGACCCUUCUGUCUUAGCUAUCACUUGGUGUGUAACAAAUUACCCCCAAACUUAAUGGCUUAAAAUGAUACAAUUUGUUAUAUCAUAGUCUCUGGAUCAGGAGUCCAGGCGUGGCUUAUCGCUGGGUCCUCUGCUCAGGGCCUCUCAAAGGCUGUAAUCGCCGUGUCAGCCAGGGCCACAGGCAUCUGCUAGGGUUAGCGUCCACUUCUGAGCUCACACUCAUGUGGUGGUUUUCAGGGUUGAGUUCUUCCUGGGCUGUUGGCCCAAGGCUGCCCUCAGUUCCCGGCCAUGUGGACUCCUUGCUGUGGCAGCUUGCUUCAUCAAAGCCAAAAAGAGAGAGAGAUUGCUGACACCGUGGAAGUCGCCAUCUUUGUAGUCUAAUCAGGGAAGUGAUAACCCAUCACCUUGGCCAUAGUCUGCUUGUUAGAGUUAAAUCACCGGCCCUGCCAGCACCAUGGGAGUGAUCACCUCAGUCCUGGAAAAGUGGUCCAUGACCGAGAUGGGCGGUUGUGAUAGCCUUGCUCAGCCUGCCAUCUUGGUCAUAAAUGGUGAAUGCCAGGAGAGGGGACCAUUGUGGCCAUCUUAGCAGUUGGCCUACUAUACCUUCAUUUCAAUAUCUCAGAACUUUUGCAACUAUGAUACUUCUGAUGUUAAGUUGCUAUUUAGAUUUAUCAUAUAUCCAUGGCCAUGUGGUUAUAUUACGCUGUGUUUGCAUUAGUCCUUCUUUUACAAUUACUUUUAUAAAUACUGGCUAUAAUAUUUCACUUCUAAGGUUUAGAUGCCAUUUAAAGGCUAAGAUGGAUGGUAUUUAAAGUGUUUUGCUUUUGUUUUUUUUACUUCUUAACCAUUUUAUAAAAGUGUGUAGCUAAAUUAGAAGCAUUUGGAGUAUCUGUCAAUUGCUAUUGCUGUAAAUCAUGAUAUUAAUGAUUAAAGUGCUUCAUUUCACAUCAUGAGCAUAUAAUAAAUACACAGUAGGGAAACAGAUCUAUAAUAUAAAAUAAGUUACCUAAAUGUCCAUCGACAGAUGGAUGGAUAAAGAAGAUGUAGUACAUAUAUACAGUGGAAUACUACUCAGCCAUAAAAAAAGAACGAAAUAACACCAUUUGCAGCAACAUGGACGCACCUGGAGAUUAUCAUACUACGUGAAGUAAGUCAGAAAGAGAAAGAUAAAUACCAUAUGGUAUCACUUAUAUGUGGAAUCUAAAAUAUGACACAAAGGAACCUAUCUACGAAGCAGAAACAGACUCAUGGACAGAGAACAGACUUGGUUGCCAAGGGGGAAGGGGAGGGACUGGGAGUUUGGGGUUAGUAGAUGCAAACUAUUCCAUAUAGAAUAGAUGGACAACAAGGUCCUACUGUACAGCACA